AUGGUUGAAGCCAUCACGACAAUAGCUCAAUGUGGAGGAAUGAUCAUAAACAGACAUGAUAAGCACCUACUAUGCCGAGUUUACGGGGUGAUUGAAGUCACGACAUUUUACCUUCAACCAUUAGUAAUCGGAUCUGAGGUUCAAUGGCUAGGUGCAAUGACUAGGUGCAAUGCCUAUACGCGGAAGACGCAGACGUCUUGUGGAAGGGGAAAUUCUGACAUGGGUUACAUUCAACCCGGGAGACAUGUCGAGAUCAGCACCACAGAAGUUGAUAAGCGUUUAAGGACAGCAAAAUCAAACCUUUGCAACUUUCUCCAUGGCUUGAACGUCCAUCAUAAGCGGAGGUCAUACCCCGCCCAAGAAGUGUCUCCUAGGCUUUUGACGCAAGCGAUUCCCGAGGUGUCAAUACACCUUCGACGCGGGCUUUUCCCAAACAACCCUCGCCUCCUGCAACUCGAUCCACCUUCUACUCUCACCAGAAAGUCUCAUCUCAGAAUCCGGAUUGAUCCUGGACAGAAUACACCUCAUUUCCGUGUAUGCGAGGCUAUGCAGUUCCUUGGUCCGAAGCUGAAGGGCUUCCUGGCUUCUCUUUGGUCACUGGCGAAGCGAAGAUCACCCUGUCAGCGCUCUGUGAUAAAGACCGAUAGGAUCGUGAACUCUUAUCCUGAUACUUCAACAGCUGGCGGUAUGAAGAUGGCGACUUAUCCCUUCUGGUACCUAGAACCCACAGAAAAGGUCGCCUCCCUUGCGCACCACCAACGGCGAAGAGUGAGGAAGAGACGGGUUCAGUCGAAGCUUCUGGGCAAAAUUGGUGUUGAUUUUUCCCUCCGCUUGAAAAGUGGACAAGACUUUGUGGUGCGGUUGCCUAGAAGCUGCGAGUGUACCUCAACGUCAUUACCAAGACAAGAGAUGAGUUCCAUCGCAGGCAUCGUUCCGAGCUCCAAUGAGGUCCUGACAUGCGUGUUUGAUAGUAUGGCAUAUUCUGAGGCUCCCAAAGCCCCAGUAUAUCCUCCUUCAUCCUUGCCAGUGCUCAUGUACAGGUUCGGGCCGGGCGGUCCGGCGUUGGUGGACCAGGCAGAGCCGACCACAGCCACCAAACUUUCAUCCGAUAAUCUUUCAGCCACACGAGGACCUGGAUACACGGGAGAAAGCCCAUAUAUACCCCCUCAACUCCAUUCCAGUCACCAGCCAGCAGGCGCCCGUCUAGGUCGACGGGUCAGGUCAAACUGGCUGGGUGGUGGAGUGCGAGUAUCCGAGUUCGAAUCCCAGUAUGAGCACCAGAGAUGUAGCCCCCAAUUCAGCACCGGGGGGGCCACUUCAGAUGGACAGGGCGGCAUUCUAGUGACCACCUGGACGAACGACACCGGGAAUGCCUAG